CCAGUCCCCGCCGGCUGCCGAGCGGGAGGGGUGGCGGAGGAGCCGCAGAGAUGUCCGGCCAAAGCCUGACGGACCGAAUCACCGCCGCCCAGCACAGUGUCACCGGCUCCGCCGUAUCCAAGACAGUAUGCAAGGCCACGACCCACGAGAUCAUGGGGCCCAAGAAAAAGCACCUGGACUACUUGAUUCAGUGCACAAAUGAGAUGAAUGUGAACAUCCCACAGUUGGCAGACAGUUUAUUUGAAAGAACUACUAAUAGUAGUUGGGUGGUGGUCUUCAAAUCUCUCAUUACAACUCAUCAUUUGAUGGUAUAUGGAAAUGAGCGUUUUAUUCAGUAUUUGGCUUCAAGAAACACGUUGUUUAACUUAAGCAAUUUUUUGGAUAAAAGCGGAUUGCAAGGAUAUGACAUGUCUACAUUUAUUAGGCGGUAUAGUAGAUAUCUAAAUGAAAAAGCAGUUUCAUACAGACAAGUUGCAUUUGAUUUCACAAAAGUGAAAAGAGGGGCUGAUGGAGUUAUGAGAACAAUGAACACAGAAAAACUCCUAAAAACUGUACCAAUUAUUCAAAAUCAAAUGGAUGCCCUUCUUGAUUUUAAUGUUAAUAGCAAUGAACUUACAAAUGGGGUAAUAAAUGCUGCCUUCAUGCUCCUCUUUAAAGAUGCCAUUAGACUGUUUGCAGCAUACAAUGAAGGAAUUAUUAACCUGUUGGAAAAAUAUUUUGAUAUGAAAAAGAACCAGUGCAAAGAAGGUCUUGACAUCUAUAAGAAGUUUCUGACUAGGAUGACAAGAAUCUCAGAAUUUCUCAAAGUUGCAGAGCAAGUUGGAAUUGACAGAGGUGAUAUACCAGACCUUUCACAGGCCCCCAGCAGUCUUCUUGAUGCUUUGGAACAACAUUUAGCUUCCUUGGAAGGAAAGAAAAUCAAAGAUUCUACAGCUGCAAGCAGGGCAACAACGCUUUCCAACGCAGUCUCUUCCUUGGCAAAUACUGGCCUGUCUCUUACCAAAGUGGAUGAAAGGGAAAAGCAGGCAGCAUUAGAAGAAGAACAGGCUCGUUUAAAAGCUUUAAAGGAACAGCGCCUAAAAGAACUUGCAAAGAAACCUCAUACCUCUUUAACAACUGCAGCCUCUCCUGUGUCCACCUCAGCAGGGGGUAUAAUGACUGCACCAGCCAUUGACAUAUUUUCUACCCCUAGUUCUUCUAACAGCACAUCAAAGCUACCAAAUGAUCUGCUUGAUUUGCAGCAGCCAACUUUUCACCCAUCUGUACUUCCUAUGUCAACUGCUUCUCAGGUAGCAAGUACAUGGGGAGAUCCUUUCUCUGCUACUGUAGAUGCUGUUGAUGAUGCCAUUCCAAGCUUAAAUCCUUUCCUCACAAAAAGUAGUGGUGAUGUUCACCUUCCCAUUUCUUCAGAUGUAUCCACUUUUACUACUAGGACACCUACUCAUGAAAUGUUUGUUGGAUUCACUCCUUCUCCAGUUGCACAGCCACAUCCUUCAGCUGGCCUUAAUGUUGACUUUGAAUCUGUGUUUGGAAAUAAAUCUACAAAUGUUAUUGUAGAUUCUGGGGGCUUUGAUGAACUAGGUGGACUUCUCAAACCAACAGUGGCCUCUCAGAACCAGAGUCUUCCUGUUGCCAAACUCCCACCUAACAAGUUAGUAUCUGAUGACUUGGAUUCAUCCUUAGCCAACCUUGUGGGUAAUCUUGGCAUUGGAAAUGGAACCACUAAGAAUGAUGUAAAUUGGAGUCAGCCCGGUGAAAAGAAGCUAACUGGAGGAUCUAACUGGCAACCAAAGGUUGCUCCAACAACUGCUUGGAAUGCUGCAACAAUGAAUGGCAUGCAUUUUCCACAAUACGCACCCCCUGUAAUGGCCUAUCCUGCUACUACACCAACAGGCAUGAUAGGAUAUGGAAUCCCACCUCAAAUGGGAAGUGUACCUGUGAUGACACAACCAACCUUAAUAUACAGCCAGCCUGUCAUGAGACCACCGAACCCCUUUGGCCCUGUAUCAGGAGCACAGAUACAGUUUAUGUAAUUAGAUGGAAGAGAAUGGAAUUAUUUCAAAAAGACAAGUGCUCAAGCAGCAAAUACUUACUUCCAGCAAAAUCCAAACUGCUGUCUCUUAAACUCUCUUCUUCCAUUAGAAUGCUACAGUAACCCAGUGAAGGCCCACGAAGGAAAUUGGGACUAGUCUAUAGGAGAACAUAUCAGUACAAUUUAUAAAGCCAAGAAUUGCCAUGAUUUCAGACUAAGAUCUGUCUUUCUGGUGACUAACCCUUCAGUUCUUUCAACUUCUAUUAAUACCCAUAAUCAGUAACCUACCAAGAAAAGCCCUUAUUUGGAAAGUAUGAAAUUUGUAUUUGGAAAAGCUGCCUGGAGAGAAGAAGAGCUGUGUCCUUUACUGUAAUGCAACAGAACUCUUUUGGGGGGAUCAAAAUCAUAAUUCUUAAUUAUGCAGUAUCUUUCUUUUAUCCAGUCCUCACAGAAACAGUAACUAAAAUUAACUUUUCUUUUUUAAAAAAAUUAUAUAUUCAGUUUGCAGUAGACAUUCCUUAAGUAUUUGUAUUUAUUUAUGAUUAUCAAUUUACGUAACAUUAAUAUUGUAUCAAACCUCCUUAUGAAAAUGAGUAUGGAUGUACACAGUAUGUUUGAUUUUUAUCCAUAAGAAUGAAUCUGAUUCAGAAUGCUUGCAGCUGACAUACAGAGCACUAAAUAUUUUAAGGCAAGUCCAUAGGUCUGAAUCGCUUAAGAAUUCUCAGUCUCUAUGGGAUUUAGGGAAGCAUUAUAAAUGCAUUAAUCCUUAUAGUCAAUUCUGUGCCUAGGAUUUUGCAAGGGAACAGUUCACUGACUAGGAAAAGCACUACAUUUUAAAUUCAGCAUUAGUGCAUUGGGAAGGAACUUUACUGCUUUGUGCUUGGCAUGUCAUUAUUUUCCAUUUGACAUUAGGGCCUUUCCAAAAUGAAUGUGAGGAAUUGCUUUCACUUCAAGACUUUCCUUCUUUUCAGUAAAACUCUAGGAGGUGUUAUGGGGGGAGGGAAGGGGACAAAAUCCUUGAACCUUUUAUUUGGCUUGUGCCAUGUUAUGAUCAUGUACCUUUUAAAUAAGGGGAAAUAGUAUCUUUAAAGUUAAUGUCUAGCCAAGAGUUUAGUUAACAAAGAAUUAAACUGCACUGUUGAUCGGUGCUUUGUGUAAAUACAUCUUAACAUUUGGGUUGAGAGGGGCCUUAAGAAGGACAGUUCGUUGUAGGAAAGCAAUUCUGUACAUGAGUUUAAGCAUACUUGUUGCAUUGUCUCUGCAGAUUCUAUUUUUGUUUACAAUAUUAAAAUGUAUGUUAGCAAAAAUGGGUGGAUUUUCAAAUAAAAUGCAGCUUCCACAAAACUUUUGUUAUGGUAUUCUGGUCUGAGGUGCAUUUUCUUUUUUCCUUUUUCUUUAUCAUCAAUAUUAUUUUUUGCUAAUAAAAGUAUACCCAGGUGAUUAUAUUUGCUGAUUUAAUAAAAUGUAAAAUUUAUUUCUGUUUUAACUUAA